AUGCUGGUGAAAUGCGAGACGAAGAGCCAGAGAGUGAAGAGCAUCUCCUUCCACCCGAAAAUCAACCUGAUCCUUGCGGGGCUGCACAAUGGAGUCAUUCAGCUAUGGGACUACCGCAUCGGGAUCCUAAUUGACAAGUUUGAGGAGCAUGAAGGGCCAGUGAGGGGCAUAGAUUUCCACGCUGUGCAGCCCCUUUUUGUCAGUGGAGCAGACGAUUACCUAAUAAAGGUGUGGAACAUGCAUUUAAAAAAAUGUGUCUUCAAUUUGGUAGGACACCUGGACUACAUCAGGAAGGUGCAGUUCCAUUUGACCUACCCAUGGAUUCUAUCCGCUUCAGAUGAUCAGACCAUUCGAAUAUGGAAUUGGCAAAGCAGAGUCUGCAUAGCGAUCCUCACAGGACAUAACCACUACGUCAUGUGUGCAGAGUUUCAUCCCACACAGGACCUAAUCAUUUCGAGCAGCCUGGAUAAGACUCUGCGAGUGUGGGAUAUAAAACUGCUACGAGAAAAAAACGUUAUAUUGACCAGUGAAAAUGUGAUAAGCGAUUUGCCCUACGGAUUAUCAAAGGGCGGUUACAACACAGAUGGGCUAAGCCCAGGUGGAGAAAACCAAAUGGGCAUACAUUCCUUCUUAUCGCAUAAUCAGCACCUGCAACAGUUUCAGCAACAGUUUCAGCAACAACUUCAGCAGCAACAACAGAAUAAUAAUAACAUGUUUGGUGCGUCAGAUGCCAUUUGUAAAUUUGUUCUCGAGGGUCAUGAGAAGGGAGUUAACUGUUGUGCCUUUCAUCCUAACUUACCCAUUAUUGCAUCUGGGUCAGACGAUAAGCUAGUAAAGUUGUGGAGGUAUAAUGAAAAUAAGUGCUGGGAGCUAGAUACCCUCAGGGGACAUUUCAAUAACGUGUCCAGCUUAAUUUUUCACCAAACCAAUGACGAUUUAUUAUUAACCAAUAGUGAAGACAGGACCAUUCGUAUAUGGGAUAUAACCAAACGAGCAUGUGUUCAUACGUUUAGAAGAGAAAAUGACCGCUUCUGGGUUCUGUCCUUGAAACCCAACUCCAAUUUAAUUGCCUCAGGGCAUGACUCAGGGAUGGUGAUUUUCAAAUUCGAAAAGGAAAAAUGCCCCUAUGACAAGUGUGGAAGUAUCCUCAUCUACGUAAAAGAGAAACGCAUUCAUGCUUAUGAUGUAAGGAGCAAUAGGAACACUUGUUUGUGUCCUGUGAGGAAAAAUGGAAACGCCAUGGUGUCGGGGUACCACAAGUUAGUAUACAACCAAUUUUGCACCACACAUGUGAUGAUUCUUUUUAUGUACAAGGAGGAAGAUCAUUACUCCUUCGAUCUGAUCGUUUGCGAUACAAUUGGGGAGAGUGGCGGAGGCGUCAUGGGAGGGGGGAUAUCCACAGCAUCACCCGCAGCCUCCCCUUCUAAAUCCUCCGCACUGAAUUUCUUCAAGCCCUGGGCAAAAAGUUCCAGCGCGAAUAAAGCAAAUCUGUCACCACAAAAAAAUAUACAAGCGGGGAGAAGCCCAGAAGAGUUCAACCCGGACAGUGUAAAAUACAUAAUCAAAAACAAGCACUGUUGUUCUGUUGCAUUUUUCACAAGAAAUAAAUAUCUCCUUGUAGAAAAGAGAAAUGGAAACUACCUCCUGAGCAUUCAAAGCAUACCAGACGAUAACACUUCCAAACGUGUGGAAGUACCUUUUAAAGUGGAAGGAGUAUAUCCCUUGAACAACAACAAAGUAAUUAUCUUGUCGGAACACAAAAUAUACCUAUACGAUAUAAGUGUAAAAAAAAUAUUAACUGAAAUGAAUCACACAGAUACCAUAAUUUCCGUGGAAAUACUUAAGGAGAAUUACAUUGCCUUUGUCUUCAAAUAUAACGUUGUUCUUACCACCAUCGAUUUGGUUCAUCUGUGUACAGUCCAUGAGUAUAUUCGAGUCAAAAGUGGAGUCUGGGAUGAGGAAAACAAAAAUGUUUUUAUUUAUAACACAUUGAGUCAUUUAAAGUACAUUUUAAUAAAUGGAGAAAAGGGACUCAUCAAAUGUUUGGAAGAGCCUGUCUACCUCUUCAAAAUAUACAACAACAGGUUAUUUUAUAUCACAAGAAAGCAGGAAGUGAUCAGUGAACCCUUAAACGACACGGAAUAUUUAUUUAAAUUAUCCCUUGCAAACAAUGAUGAGCAAAGCGCUUAUCAUUAUUUGGACACACGAUAUAAAGGCAACAUGUGCCCUAAUGGCUCUUAUAUGGAAGAGGAGAAGAAGAAACUUUAUUUCAGUUAUAACCUCAUUGGGUAUAUUAAGAAAAAGGGAUUCGCAAACUUAGCAGUACAAAUGGUAAACAACAAUCAUACCCUUUUUAAUCUGUCCAUUCAGUUAGGACAUAUAAACAAUGCCCUCAAGGCAGCCAAAAAAAUUAAUAAGAAACAUAUAUGGAACCUUUUAAGCGUUCAUGCAUUACUAGUGGGUAAUUACGACAUUGCUGAAUAUGCCUUGUUAAGGAUGAAGGCCUACGACAAGCUCUCCUUUUUAUAUCUCUUCAGUGGAAAUAUUAAUAACCUAAAAAAAAUGCAAAAUGUUGCCAUCAUAAGGGGAGACUUAAUUUCCAUUUUCCUCAAUUCAUUAUAUUUGGGGGACAUACAACAGAGGAUAAAUGUAUUUGUUGAACAGAAUCAGGUGAACUUGGCAUGGGCCUGCUCUCAGCUCCAUAACAUCCCCAUUAAUUUGUCUGAAAAGAAUUUUGAUUUUGAUGUAACUGAGUGCACCUACUGUCCUGAGAAGUCUUUUUAUCUUUCCCCCCCCAUACCGAUCGUGAGAGUGGACCCCAGCUUGGGCAAGAACAACGUAUCAGCGCAGCCGUCAUCGGCGCAGUCGCCGGAGCAGGUAGCGGAACAAAUGCGUGCGACGCAGGACGCUCCACCCAAGUGGGGAACGCCUUCCGCCUGGAAUGGAUCAUACAACUGGCCUGUCAUCAACCUCGAGAAGACCUUCCAGCCUAGAGCCGACCCGAGUGGCGCCGCACCCCAGGGGGCCAAGAAAAAAAUCGCGGCCAAAUCAGACCAACGAAGCAACGCCUCGGACGAAGACGAUGUGUGGAAGAACGAGGUCAACGACGAGGACAUAAAUAUCGACUUGGACCUGGAAGAGCACAAAGAUCUCCUAAGCAAAAGCGCAGCCAUGUCACCCAUGAAGGGCACAAAAAUUGAAAGAGUAGAUAACCUCUACGAAGUCAUGGCCAAAAAAUACGGAAGAAUAAUGGACCACAUAAGAACAGGAAACAUAACCAGUGCACUAAAUUUAAUUUCAAAAAAAUAUGGUAUCGUUGAUAUGAAGCCAUUAAAAAUAAUUAUUAAAAAUGUGUACAUUGCAACAUAUGCCUACCUGACCCCCAUUCCGAAUUUCGUUCCAUUGCAAUGUCCAAUAAACACAAAUGAGGAGACAACAAAUACAAAUGUAUACAUUAAUCAACACUUUCUUUUUAAUCAAAUUAAAAAGGCACACAAAUUAGUCACCCUGGGAAAAUUUUCAACAGCUCUGAGCUUGUUCAGGAGCACCCUCUACCACAUGAUAUUUUUAACCCCUGCUGAUAAGGACACGGAAAUGAAUGAAUACUUGCAUAUGUGUACCAGCUACAUCUUAGCCAUGAGAUUGGAAGAGGAAAGAAAUGCAACUGCUACGGAAGACCCAAGGAGGAGCUUAGAGUUGAUGGCCUACUUUACUUGCUGCCCGAUGCAGAACUCCCACUUGUACUUAGUCCUCAGGAGAGGCAUGGGUCUCGCGUGGAAGGCGCAAAAUUACGUCACAGCUGGAUCGUUUGCUAAACGGCUGAUAAACGGAAACUACGAGAGUAUUAAAGGCUCCGAGGAAGAAAUCGUCAAGGCGAAGAAAAUUUUGCUUAUGUGUGAACAGAAAAGCACGGAACAGCACUCCAUAGACUACGACCCCAACGACUACUAUAACAUGAGAGUGUGUAGCGUCAGCUUAACGAGGAUCAAGCCGAAUGAAGAAACUGUCAGCUGUCCUUUUUGCCAAUCCGUAUCCAAGAGAGAAUAUACUUCCAAGAUAUGCCCGAACUGUUUGAUCGCCCAGCUGGGAAAAAAGGCCCUCGGAUUUGAUUUCCUAAACAAGAACGCAUGA